AUGUGCCCACGAUCAAAGCCCCUUGGUCUAUGUGCCCACGAUCAAAGCCCCUUGGUCUAUGUGUCCACGAUCAAAUCCCCUGUGGUCUAUGUGUCCACGACCAAAGCCCCUGUGGUAAAUGUGUCCAUGAUCAAAGCGCCUGUGGUCUAUGUGCCCACGACCAAAGCCCCUGUGGUCAAAGCCCCUGUUGUCAGCGCUCCAGGAGUUGUCACCAAAAAUAGCGAUGGUCGUCUGGUGUGCGGCCGUCUGUUGUAUGACCGUCUGGUAUUUGGUCGUCUGGUGUUUGGUCGUCUGGUGUUUGGUCGUCUGGUGUUUGGUCGUCUGGUGUUUGGUCGUCUGGUAUUUGGUCGUCUGGUAUUUCGUCGUCUGGUAUUUGGUCGUCUGGUAUUUGGUCGUCUGGUAUUUGGUCGUCUGGUAUUUGGUCGUCAGUAUUUGGUCGUCUGGUAUUUGGUCGUCUGGUGUUUCAUCGUCUGGUAUUUGGUCGUCUGGUAUUUGGUCGUCUGGUAUUUGGUCGUCUGGUAUUUGGUCGUCAGUAUUUGGUCGUCUGGUAUUUGGUCGUCAGUAUUUGGUCGUCUGGUAUUUGGUCGUCUGGUGUUUGGUCGUCUGAUGUUUGGUCGUCAGUAUUUGGUCGUCUGGUGUUUCGUCGUCUGGUAUUUGGUCGUCUGGUAUUUGGUCGUCUGGUAUUUGGUCGUCUGGUAUUUGGUCGUCAGUAUUUGGUCGUCAGUAUUUGGUCGUCUGGUAUUUGGUCGUCUGGUGUUUGGUCGUCUGAUGUUUGGGCGUCUGGUGUUUGGUCGUCUGGUGUUUGGUCGUCUGGUGUUUGGUCGUCUGGUGUUUGGUCGUCUGGUGUUUGGUCGUCUGGUGUUUGGUCGUCUGGUGUUUGGUCGUCUGAUGAUGUCUGGUGUGUGA